UGUGACGUCAUUCUUAAUCACUCUUGCUCUGUUUACUUCCUGACAUCGGUGUGAAAUCCGUUUCACUUCAGUUUCUCCUCAAAUAACAGAAUAAUCAGCGAAAAUGAACCGACUAUUUGGAAAAGGCAAAGACAAGGCUCCACCACCGAAUCUCAAUGACUGUGUAGCGAACAUUGACAGUCGAGGGGAGUCUAUGGACAAAAAGAUAGGCAGACUUGAUGCAGAAUUAAAUAAAUAUAAAAAUCAGAUGAAAAAGAUGAGAGAUGGACCAGCCAAAAAUAUGGUCAAACAGAAAGCGAUGCGAGUGCUGAAACAAAAAAAGACGUAUGAAAAUCAAAGAGAUAAUCUAAUGCAACAGGGUUUCAACAUUGAACAACAAAGCUACGCAAUUCAGUCAUUGAAAGAUACCAAAACCACGGUGGAUGCCAUGAAGAUCGGAGUGAAGCAGUUUAAGAAGGAGUACAAACAUGUCAACAUUGACAAGAUUGAGGAUUUACAAGAUGAGCUUGAGGACCUUACGGAACAGUCGAGCGAGAUACAAGAGAUAAUGGGCCGCAGCUACGGAAUGCCGGAGGUGGACGAUGACGAGCUGGAGGCCGAAUUAGAUGCCCUUGGUGAUGAGAUGGGCCUUGACGAGGAUACCUCCUAUCUUGACGAUGCCGUCGCCGCGCCCUCAAUACCCUCCUCAGAACCUGGCGCAGACAGUUCACGGGAUGUACCGGUGGAUGAGUUCGGAUUACCACAGAUUCCGCAGGCAGCAAAAUAGUGUAGGGAGCGGUAUUUGUAUGACUGUGUUUAUGAGUACCACCAAAACUUAGUGACAAGAUGUGAAAAAUCGAUGCAAGGUUUUCAUCACACGUUAAUGUGCUGAUAGAAUAUGAUGUAGGGGAAGUAACUCCUGAAAAACAAACCUACUGUGAUGAAUGGUAUGAUGGAAGGGAAGUAACUCCUGGAAGACAGACACCAAAUAGAUGGACAACUACCGGGCAAUCUCAUUAAUCGUUAUUAACUUUUAAACUUUAUUGAAAUCAUGGCAGAAAAUAAUUUUUUUCCAAAUCUACACUAACAUAGAUUCAUGAAUACUUACUAUGGUAUAUUUAUGAUCAGAAUGUAUGUUUUUUGUCUGCAAGUGCCAGAAAUUUUGAAAAAUAUCCAAGCUAGAACCCCUCGUUCCUUUUAAUGGAAACCCUCAUCUGUCUUUGUUUAUUUUGUAUAAAACAUACAUGGGAAUAUUUUUUUUCUGAUCAUACACAGAACUUGUACAGAGUGAUCAUGGAGGGAGUAUAAUCAUUCCUGCAUGCAGGCUAAACCUGCAUUGAUUUAAAGGUGUAUGCCACAUUUUCCCUGUCGGGCCUAAACAGGUUUUAUUGUAAAGCAGCACAUCCCAUGAUUUAUAAUUGCAACAAUUGAUAAAAGAAAAAAAGGAACAAUUUUAGUUUGGUUGAAAAAAUGACUAUCAGGUAUGGUAAGUUUCCAUUGUAAUGUUCUGAGUCCAUUGGUUUUAACAUGUCCAUGGUGAAAAAUUCUGAUAUUACGAUUUCAUUACCAGCGGUCAGAUCGUGUUGCCUUUACCUGAGAGUUAAAAGAGUACCAAGAUGGUACUGGUUAGAUGUUUGUCAGUCCAAAAACAGUCUCAAAUAUGGCUUGCCUAUGAAAUGGAUGACGCUUCAUGUUUUCUCAAAACGUGAGGCAAUCUUUUUACAUAUAAUCAUAGAUUUCAAAUAGCUCAUUAUUAAAACUCUUUUGUUUUGCAUUACACAAAGUAUUUCAGAUCAAAUCGAAACAACUAUUUAUUAUGAAGAUUUAUUACUGAAUGCUUUGCUAGCGAGUUAUUGUGAAACUUGUUAAGUGUUUACAAAUAGAUCAUUGUAAAUAUUAAACUUAAACUAAAAUCACA